AUCACUAUUCACUAUUUCGAAUACUGUCAAUUUCCGCAUAACAAAAAUAAUUCUUAAUUGUGAAGGUAAUUCUGUGAAAAAUAUAUAUUUAAAAUGAGUUUUCGUGAAGAAGACAGACAAAAGAGUAAUUGUCCUAACCGAGGACUGGGAUUAGCGGCGGCCGCUAUUGGAGUCGGAGUUGGGGCUGCUCUGUACUACUUCUUCAGCAAGAGGCAGGAAAAUCCUGAUGGGGAAAGUUCAGUAGCUUCUGCUUGGCAAACGAACACUUUAAGGACCGGAUGUAAUUGUCAAUCACACAUGGAUGUUGACUCCGAUUCAUAUUCAACAAUAUCUGAAGAUGAAACAACUGAUACCAGCAUGAAUACAGAUUCAAUCUUCAAUUCAAUGAAUCUAGAUUCAAUCUUCAAUUCAAUGAAUCUAAAUUCAAUAACUUCAAACUCCGAUACAAUGUCCGUUGAUAGUUUAGAAUCUGAUAUAAGUGACAGCGAUGACAGUGAGACAACGGAUUAUUCAAACACUGAUCUAUCUGAAUGGGAUCUAUCUGACUUUAGUAUGCAUAUUAACGAAUUUACAUCAACACCUAUGUUCCUACGAAUAACAAAUAGUAUUACGUCAAUGAUUAGUCCUAGACGUGGAAAUCGUGAGUUGACGGAAGAAGAGCAAAUGGAAAUCCUUAGAGAGCAAGCAUACCGCGAACGUGACUGGGUGACGGAGGAAUGUUCGAUAUGCUUUGAAGCGAUUCAACGCAGUCAAGAAGUGAUGACGCUCCCCUGUUCUCAUAACUUCCAUCAGGCGUGCAUCCUGCCCUGGCUCCAGGAGCAGCAGACCUGCCCUAACUGCAGGAAGCGAACCGAAUGAUAGACUGGAUAGUAGCUUCCACGACUAUGCAGCAUCAAAGGAGUAAUGCAUUCAAUUCUGCUGGUUCAGGAUUAGAAGACAUCUUGUAUUGCUCUUAAGCAUAUAUUGAUAAUAUAUCUGAAAUUCUUUAUAUAUAUGACAUUAAUAAUCAAUUCUGUAUCUGUGAUAUCGAUUUUUCUUUUUUCUUUUCUGUUUUC